UCACUAAAAGAAGGUAGGAUGCAACAAUCAUUUUUAUUUAUAACAGAAAAGUAUUUAGACAUUUUCUGAUAAUACAAUUUUAUAUAUUGUGUAAGUUAAGAAUGUAAUCUUUAACUGAGAUAGGGUGGUGGGGGUGCUUGACAGUUGUCAAACACUAGAAAGGGGUGCACGCUCCAAAGAUUUUGGCAACCACUGAUCUACAGGAAAGUAGCACCAGUUCUAUUACACUUAGUUGAAGACUGCUCUCUACAGGCCGAGUUACACCACAGUUUAGUGUAAAUUUCUGAAAUAUCUGUUUGCAGUGUGUUUAAUUGAAGUGUGUUUAUAUUAGUGUUAAUUUGAUUAUUAUGGCAGACAUCAAAAGACAGACAGACAGACAGACAGGUUGAAUCAAAACCAAACAAAACUAAACACAAGGAACUCUGAGAAACUAAACAGCUUGAAAAUGAAGGGGAACUAUUUUAAGUUAGCAAGUUUAAUUUAAGUUUAAUUAUAAGUUAGUGCUUUACAAAUACAGAGAAAAGAGGUUUUAAUUCUUUAAAUGAGAAGUGUGAAGAUAAUUAGCUGCCAUGACAACUGAAAAACACAAACAAACAAGCAAGCAAAAAAGUAGAGGGAAAAGUAAAGCAUAGAGAACAUUCAAAGGGACAAAAACAUGUUGGUAAUCAAACUUCAGAUAAAACAUGUAGAACCCUACAACAGAGGGUUUCCCUAUAGUAGAACUGGUUUAGAGUAGACCCUUUUAGAAGGGUAAGAACCCUUAACAAUGCAAUGAACCUUUAAAGAACCCAUCAAAUACAGAGACAGUUACAUGUUAAACUUCUGACAGGUUCUAGAUAUUUAGAAGAAAAUAACGAGCAAUAAUCUGGAGUUUGUAUCACACACUGAGCCAGUCGCAAAAGGAUUCAUUGAAUAAUUAAGGGUUCUUUAAAAAAACAGUUGUCCCCAAUUAGGUAAAACUUGUCUAGCAUUUACCAUUUAGCUAAACUCUCUCUUUUUUUUUUUUCAUGGGUAGAAUCCUUUAAGGAUUUUAAAAUCUCUUAAUUAUCCAAAGUACCAUUAAAAAGAACACCUGUGGAACCUUUUUUUUUUUAGGAGUGUAUGUAUUAACUGUGUAGAUGUAUGUGGUCCUCAAAAUUAUUGCUCUUUUUUUUUUCUUAAUACCUAGAACCUGUGAGGAAUUUAAAGUUUAGUUAUCUUGGCACUUGACACACUCUUGGUACAAUCCGUUCAUGUGGAGAGUCAAAUUCAUGAACAAAAAAUAAGGACUUUUCUGGAUCUUUCUGCAGAUGAUCUCAUCAUCUCUGUUCUGUUCUUAGUUCAUCCUCCUCAUGUACUUUAGUGGUUCUUAAGUAAUAUAGUCAGAAGAUUAAUUCAAAACUCCCCACUUUUUUGGUUAAAGUGGUACAUUCUUGUCAGUUGUUAAUGCAGUUGGAAUGUACUACUGACCCUCCACAUAGGGGGGGGACUGUCCAUGAGGGAUUAUUGUAGUAGGAUUGUAUAAAAGUCUGAGUUAAUCUGGCAGUACAGACUGAAUGGUCUGAGACCACACGCUGGAUUAUGGAUAAAUAAAACUCAUAGCAAAAUAAAUGAAUUUUUUUUUGUAAAAGGAAAAAUCAACAAAGGAAACAUGACACAGAAAAAGGUAUCACCCGCAGUCACGACUGUAGCUGGAAAUUUGCCUCCAAGCUACGAAGAGGCCAACGCGGGAUGUCCUGGUUACUGUUACAAUGAUGGCGCAUUUCUGUGGGACGAUAAAAACAUCAGACGUGUUUUCAUGCAAAAGGUUUAUUCGAUUCUGAUGCUGCAGCUGUUUGUCACUCUGUCUAUUGUGUCUCUAUUCACCUUUUAUGAACCGGUGAGGUUUUAUAUUCAGACUCAUCCUGGGCUUUACUCCACAACCAGCCUCCUGUUUCUUGUCACCUAUUUGAUGUUGGCUUGCUGUGGAGAUUUAAGGAGGCAGUUUCCCUGGAAUCUCAUUCUGCUCUCUGUCUUUACACUCUGCAUGGCUUUCAUGCUGGGUUUUGUUUCCAGCUACUACAACACAAGGUCAGUGAUUGUGUGUCUCGGCAUCACGGCUGUGGUGUGUGUGUGCGUCACCGUCUUCAGCUUUCACACGAAGGUGGACAUCACAUCGUUCCAGGGCCUUCUGCUGAACCUCUGCCUGCUGCUGCUGGUCUGCACUCUCGUCCUGGGAUUGGUCGUCCCCUUUGGAUUUGUUCCGUGGUUACACACACUCUACGGGAUUUUAGGCGCCGUCACUUUCACCAUGUUUUUGGCGUUUGAUACUCAGCUGUUGAUGGGGAACAGACAGUACGCUGUGAGUCCUGAGGAGUACGUCUUCGCUGCUCUCACUCUCUACCUCGACAUUGUUUAUAUUUUCACUCACAUUUUACAGCUGUUUGGUGACAGCAACGAAUAAAUCAAAUAAAAAAAUUAAUCAAACACGACAAAUUCCAUUAAACCAUAUCCACUUGUACCUUAAUGUCACUUUUAACGCUUUUUAAUCAGAUUCCCUCGAUAACCAAACUGCACUUUGUCCUCCAUGUUUGUUUUUCUCACUCCACGUGCAACCUGAUUGGCCGAGAAAAACUUGCUGGAUGUCACGUGGCACGUUUUUGAACAGGUGAACUUUUUGGUAGUUGCAGAAGAAACUCUUUCCUUCCACGAUUUAGUUUCUCAUCGCAACAAGAGGACGAAUCAUAGCGAUCGUGCUGCUAAUGAACACUGUGUGCUCAGUAACUACUAGCAUAACUAAAGACUAGCAUGUUAGCUUUAGAUAAUGUGAUAUUAGCUCGUUCAUGUUAAUCACAAAAACAGCCGUUGUUAAUUGGUGAAUUUACCCACAAGGCGUUGCUGCACUCAAGCGUUCCCUUUUCAAUGUAUGAUGAAAGUCAGAGUUACUUUAUAUCAUUAUAUCCAUUUAAUGUUAUUUCUGGAUUUAGAAAUAAAGUUCUUUAUUUUAUAUUUAUCAGUAACGUGAUUC